AUGCGCGCAGCCCCGGUCAGUGUCCUAAAGGUCACCGAGGAGGGCUGUCGUGUCGAUCUGACACGAGCUCCCGCAGGCCCCGCCCUCCGCCUGUCAAUCAAAGCCGUCCCGGCGGCCCGUUGUUAUGACGACACGGUCGUAAAUCCGCCAUCUUCCUGCGGCGCGUUGCGACAUGGAGGGCGCGAUGGCAGUGCGGGUUCCUUAGUGCUGCAUCUUGCCAACACAUUCUCAGCUGCCUUGGGGAGGGCCCGGCCCCAUCCUCGGGGAGCGCAGCCCACUGGAUGGGCUCUGGUGGCCCCUCGCUCCCCUGACGGCAGGCUCAUUGCAGAUGAGGAUGAUGUGCACAGGUGUGGCCGCUGCCAGGUGGAGUUCACUGCCUUGGAGGACUUUGUUCAGCACAAGAUUCAGAAGUCCUGCCAGCGGGCCCCACAUGAGGCCCUGCCUGCCACCCCUACUGCUACUGCCCUGCUGGGCCAGGAGGUGGUGCCAGCAGCAGGCCCGGAGGAGCCCAUCACUGUGGCCCACAUCGUGGUGGAGGCCGCCUCCCUGGCAGCAGACAUCAGCCAUGCGCCGGACCUUGUUGACAGUGGGCACAUCAAAGAGGUCAUUGUGGCUGCUGAGGCCGAGCCUGGAGACGGAGAGGUGCCCGAGGCCCCACCCCGGCGGGGACCGGGGCUGGCUGAGGAGGCCGAGCAGGCCCAGGUGAAGCUGCUGGUGAACAAGGAUGGCCGCUACGUGUGCUCGCUGUGCCACAAGACCUUCAAGACGGGCAGCAUCCUCAAGGCCCACAUGGUCACCCACAGCAGUCGCAAGGACCACCAGUGUGCGCUCUGUGGGGCUUCCUUUCGGACCAAGGGCUCGCUCAUCCGGCACCACCGGCGGCACACGGAUGAGCGCCCAUAUAAGUGCGCCAAGUGUGGGAAGAGCUUCCGGGAGUCGGGCGCGCUGACCCGGCACCUCAAGUCCCUCACGCCGUGCACAGAAAAACUCCGCUUCGGCACGAGCAAGGACGUGAUUGUGGGCAAAGAGGACGCACCUGCGGGGCCGGGCACCUCUGUGGGGACAGUCACGUCUGUGGCCGGAGAGCCUGUGGAGACAUCACCCGUGAUUCACCUGGUGACAGAUGCCAAGGGGACUGUCAUCCAUGAAGUCCAUGUGCAGAUGCAGGAGCUGCCCCUGGGCGUGAGAGCGCUGGCCUCGGAGCCCCCUGUCCCUGCGGAGCGCCCCUGUUCUGUGGAGGGCAGCCGAGAGAACUUGCUGCACCAGGCCAUGCAGAAUUCUGGCAUUGUCCUUGAGCGGGUUGCUGGGGAGGAGGGCACCUUGGAGGCCGCCCCUCCCUCUGGGUCUGGUCCGCAGCCCCUGGGAGAGGGCCCUCCGGAGCUGCCGCUGCUGGAGGCCGAGCGGAUGGAGACGAUGGCCAGAGAGGCUUCGGCUGUGCCCAGGACCCACCCGUGUCCGCAGUGCAGCGAGAGCUUCCCCACGGCUGCCACCCUGGAGGCCCACAAGAGAGGCCACCAAGGGCCGAGGCCGUUCACCUGUGCGCAGUGCGGCAAGGCCUUCCCCAAGGCCUACCUGCUCAAGAAGCACCAGGAGGUGCAUAUGCGCGAGCGCCGCUUCCGCUGCGGGGACUGCGGGAAGCUCUACAAGACCAUCGCGCAUGUGCGUGGCCACCGGCGCGUCCACUCGGACGAGCGGCCCUUCCCCUGCUCCCAGUGCGGCAAGCGCUACAAGACCAAGAACGCCCAGCAGGUGCACUUCCGGACACACCUGGAAGAGAAGCCACACAUUUGCCAGUUCUGCAACCGGGGCUUCCGGGAGAAGGGCUCGCUGGUGCGCCACGUUCGGCACCACACGGGCGAGAAGCCCUUCAAGUGCUACAGGUGUGGCCGUGGCUUUGCAGAGCAUGGCACGCUCAACCGGCACCUGCGCACCAAAGGGGGCUGUCUGUUGGAGGUGGAAGAGCUGCUGGUGUCGGAGGAGCGCUCCGCGGCCGUGCUCACAGAGGACCCCCACGCCCACGCGGUGCUGGUGGAGUUCUCGUCCGUGGUGGCCGACACCCAGGAGUACAUCAUUGAGGCCACUGCAGAUGAUGCGGAGACCAGUGAAGCUGCCGAGAUCAUUGAGGGUGCCCAGACAGAGGUGGACAGCCACAUCAUGAAGGUGGUGCAGCAGAUCGUGCAUCAAGCGAGUGCUGGGCACCAGAUCAUUGUGCAGAAUGUGACCGUGGACCAGGAGGCGGCGCUGGCCCCAGAGGCAGCAGCGGCGGCCGACACCAUCACCAUCGCCACGCCAGAGAGCCUCACAGAGCAGGUGGCCAUGACGCUGGCCUCGGCCAUCGGGGAGGGCACCGUGCUGGCGGCCCGGGCAGGCGCAAAUGGCACCGAACAGGCCACAGUGACCAUGGUGUCAUCCGAGGACAUUGAGAUUCUUGAGCAUGGCGGCGAGCUGGUGAUCGCCUCACCCGAGGGCCAGCUGGAGGUGCAGACUGUCAUCGUGUAGGAGGGGCCGCGUCCCUGCGGACCAGGGGCAGGGGCAGGACCCUUGGGUGCCUGCCCAUACCUGCCUGGCCUACACAGGAGACGGCCUAGAGCUUCAGGCAUCCGGAGGAGAUGGGGCGUGUGAAUACGUAAAGGGUUUUUUUGUUGUUGCUUUUCAAUAAAAUAUGAAAACCUGCA